UGCUUUGCGGCUGCGUCCGCAUGGCAACCGCGAGCUGUGUACAAGACGGAGGAGCAGAGAGACCUUUCUAGAGACGCUGGCUGGGAUUUUAUCAUCCAGACACCAAUUUCCCUGCGCUCAUAUUCGUACAUACCCUGCUUUCUGUUACAUUUGGACACCGCAGACGGACUGGAGCUGCUUUAAUGCGGCGUGUCGUUGGCGCAGACUGACAGCCGACCUGCAAGCUGCCACCACAGAUCUGUAACCAUGACGGCAGAGGAGACAAUCAGCAUCAAGGAGGCGGAGGUGAUCAAGGUGAUGCUGGACUUCCUGAACUCCAGGAAGCUGCACAUCAGCAUGCUGGCCUUAGAGAAGGAGAGCGGCGUCAUUAAUGGACUCUACUCUGACGACAUGCUCUUCCUCAGGCAGCUCAUUCUGGAUGGCCAGUGGGAGGAGGUGUUGCAGUUCAUUCAACCUCUAGAAGGAAUGGACAAGUUUGACAAGAAAAGGUUCCGCUACAUCAUCCUGAAGCAGAAGUUCCUGGAGGCUCUGUGUGUAAAUAACGCCAUGUCUGCUGCUGAAGACCCUCAGAAUCUGGAGCUCACCAUGCAGGCAGCAGUCAAGUGCCUCCACAGUCUGGAGGAGUUCUGUCCAUCCAAGGACGACUACAGCAAGCUGUGUCUCCUCCUCACCCUGCCGCGCCUCACCCACCACGCCGAGUUCAAAGACUGGAACCCGAGCACGGCGCGUGUCCAUUGCUUUGAGGAGGCCUGCGCCAUGGUGGCUGAGUUCAUCCCUGCGGACAGGAAGCUGAGCGAGGCAGGCUUCAGGGCGAGUGGAAACCGCCUCUUCCAGCUGCUCAUCAAAGGGAUCCUUUAUGAAUGCUGUGUCGAGUUCUGUCAGAGUAAAGCAACUGGCGAGGAUAUCACAGAGGGCGAGGUGUUGCUCGGUGUGGAUUUGCUCUGCGGGAACGGCUGUGACGAACUGGACUUGUCGCUGCUCUCCUGGCUGCAGAACGUCUCUCCGGGUGCCUUCUCUUGCGCCUUCGAGCAAAAAACCCUCAACAUCCACGUGGACCGCCUGGUGAAGCCCAGCAAGGCCGGUCACGCCGACCUCCUCACUCCUUUAAUCAACCGCCUGUCCCCGUGCUGCCCCACCUCGCCCUUCCGCCAGAGGCCUCAUUCAGCGGACACCUACAUGUCCAGGUCCCUCAAUCCGGCUUUGGAUGGCCUGUCCCACGGUCUGGCGGCCCAGGACAAGAGAGGCAUGGAGGCGAACAUGAAGUCUGCCCUCAGUCGGAGCCUGGUGGAGAAUAAUGUGCACCAGCAGGACGAUUCACCUGAAAAGAAGCACCCUCAAGGGCUGGAUGGACCCAACACCACACGCACGCCUCUGACCCCUGGAAAAGAUGGUGGCCCUCCCUCCAACACAGAAACAAAUGAGCGUGCUGAUUCCUCAGAGCACAUCCAGGAGUACUACAGGCAGCGUCUCCGCGUGCAGCAGCAUCUGGAGCAGAAGCAGCAGCAGAGACAGCUUUACCAGCAGAUGCUGCUGGAGGGAGGGGUGAAGCCAAUGGACGGAGCCCAAAACAACCUCACAGAGACCUUCCUCAGCAGGUCCAUUCAGAAGUUGGAGGAGAUGAACGUGGGCAUUGACCACAGAGGAAACGAGGUGAUGACACAGUGGAACGGACUGCCGGGGAACACCAGCACUUCCAGUCCCAGAAGCGCCAACACCCGACACACCCCAGACACCGGGCCGCCGAGGGAUAAGCCAGGUGGAGGGGUCAGCAGCACACCAUUAAGGACCGGGAGCCAGGGCUUGCCUUUCCUCAACGAGUCUCCAGUUCCUGUCAGUCAGAGUGCUGAGAGGAUCAGAGCAUCUUGCCCCACAGUCCAAGAUGAUUCUGGCUGCUCUACGACACGUAAUUCACAUGAGCCGGGGAAGUCCAAAUCACAGUUUGUUAAAGUGAACCAGCUGGAGGACACGCAGGCAGUGCGUGCAGUGGCCUUCCAUCCCUCUGGAGCGCUGUACGCUGUCGGCUCCAAUUCGAAAACCCUGAGGGUCUGUGCCUACCCAGAAACACUGACACCCAGUGGUUCUGGUGCAGUGAAGCAGCCGGCAGUGCGCUUCAGGAGGAACAAACACCACAAGGGCUCAAUCUACUGUGUCGCCUGGAGCCACUGCGGACAACUGUUGGCUACUGGCUCCAAUGAUAAAUUCGUCAAAGUCCUGCCUUUCAAUGCAGACAGCUGCAAUGCCACAGGCCCCGACCUGGAGUUCAGCAUGCACGAUGGCACCAUCAGGGACCUGGCUUUCAUGGAGGGCCCUGAGAGUGGAGGAUCCAUUUUGAUCAGUGCCGGAGCCGGAGACUGUAACAUCUACACAACAGACUGUCAGAGAGGGCAGGGUCUUCACGCCCUGAGUGGACACACUGGUCACAUUCUGACUCUGUACACGUGGGGAGGGUGGAUGAUUGCCUCAGGCUCUCAGGACAAGACAGUGCGGUUCUGGGACUUGCGGGUGCCAAGCUGUGUGAGGGUGGUGGGCACAACUCUGCAUGGCACAGGAAGUGCAGUUGCCUCUGUGGCAGUGGAUCCCAGCGGCCGCCUGCUGGCCACAGGUCAGGAGGAUAGCACCUGCAUGUUGUAUGACAUCAAAGGAGGCCGCAUAGUCCAGACAUACCGCCCCCACGGCAGCGACAUCCGCUCAGUGCGCUUCUCACCUGGAGCCCAUCAUCUCCUCACCGGCUCUUACGACAACAAAAUCAUCAUCAGCGAUCUUCAAGGUGACCUAACAAAGCCCCUCCCUCAGACAGUGGCAGGGGAGCACUGGGACAAGGUGAUCCAGUGUAGGUGGCACCCCCACGACCAAACCUUCCUCUCCUCCUCCGCAGAUCGAACUGUCGUCCUCUGGGCACCGGGCCCCUGAGCUGCUCACUGGAGGAACACUGGGUAACUACGGCAGCAGCAGCAGGAAGCACAAGAACACGAGCAUAGGAACCCUGACUGCUUUAGUGUGUCUGUGGGUGUGUGGGUGUGUGUGUUUGUGCGCAUACAUACUGUGAGCGUCACGCUGUUUAUAAGCCGCUCCGUUAGAGUUAACUGUGUGUGUGCUGUGUGUGCAUAUGUGUGUGUGUGUCUAACUUGUGACAGAUGUUUUUGAGGUGGAAAAUCUAGUCACUUUGAAAAUACUCAUUGUAUAUGUCUCUGUGAGUGUGUGUCAGUGUGUGUGUGUGCAAGCAAACGCAACAUUCUGACAAUGUGUGUGUAAUUAAAAGUAAAGCAAAAUAAAGGGAAACUAAUCAGAACAUUUUGCUGCUUUAAAAAGAGGAAACAUGGAAAUUAGCAUUAAUAUUUCUAUUCAGAAUUCAUGUGAGGCUCUGCCUGUUUAAGGUGUGUCUGUGUGUUCACUUAACACCUUUUAGCUUUUGUAAAUAAAGCAGAAAGUUUAACCUUUUCGGAUUUACUUAAAGAUUUACUUGGCAAAUACGUAGUUCGGAUAUAGAGAUGACUAAUGCCUGUAUUGAAGGGUUGAGUAAGUUCACUGCAAGCACACCUUCAAGUUAGUUUUUUUCUCACGAUGCCAAACUACAUUUAAAUCAGCUGUAGUCAGAACUUGUCAGAAACAUGAAGGUCACUUUCAAAGGUAAAUAGAGUUUGGUGCAACAUAAAGAAGUUGCUAUCUCUAUAGUUUCUAUAGGAAGCAGUGAGACACAUUUGGUUAUGCAUAUCAUAAUGUGCCUUUUUGUAACAUUUGUAGAGAUUUUUUGGACGUGUGGAUUGAUUGAGAGAUUUAUUUAUUUCGUUAUUUGCAGCAUUAUUUUGAUAUUUUCUCAUAUGCCCUGGCAUCUGUACAUUUUUGUACUGUCACUGUAAUGCGAAAAAUGAUCAUCCUCUGGCAUUUUUGCGCACUUGUAUUCCCAAAGUGUUUUUCCCUACAUCUGUUACUAUUAAAAAAGAGAGAGUAACUGGCUUGUACCACAGAAGCCCUGAGAGGCAAAGAGGGGAAAUAAUCAAUUCAUUUUCCAUGGUGGGAAUGUGGAAGGCUGGGUACACCCUGGACAGGUCGCCAGACUAUCACAGGGCUGACACAUAGAGAC